AUGCAACUUUCAGUCGGAGACGUAUUUAAAUCAAAAAACGAAGCUCAGAAUGCUAUCAGAAUGUAUGCCGUAGAUAACAAUUUCAAUUUUGAAACUACAGAUAGUACACCAAAAAAGUACACUAUUCAGUGUAAGGAAAGACGUAGCCAUGGUUGUGAUGCCAUUAUAACGGCAGCUUUACGUAAGAAAGAUAACAUGUUUGUGAUAAAGAAACUCAAAAACAUGCAUAACUGUCCGCAACAGAGUUCUUGUUCUAUUCAGUCUUCUUCCAGGUAUAUUGCUGAUGAACUCAGAGAUAUGCCUGAUGUUUUGGAAACUAGAGUUGGUCAGAUAAUCAAUCGUAUCUCUUUAAGAAGAGGGAUUAAGAUAGGAUACUUAGCUGCCUGGCGGGCUAAACAAGAAGUACUAGGGGAAGAAGUAGGGGAAGAAUCAGCUGUAGAAGAAUCUCUUCUUAAUGCUAUUGCUGAGAAUAAGUACUUAAACCCUGAAGAUAUUACUAGGGCAUCUAACUUUAAGCAAGUUCUAAGUAGUUGGGUUGAACAGGGGUAUAAUUUACCAGUUGAACAAGGGUUUAUUAGAAGAGUUGUUAAGACUUUGAGUGCUUUUGAUACGAGUGGACCUGGUUUAGAUACUCUUUUUUAUGCUAGUAGCUUAUCUUUACAUGUUUAUAAGUACUCUCGACCUAUUAUUGAGUUAAGUUGUUAUCAAAGACAUAAUGAAAUCAGAGAACAUGCCGGAUAUGCCUUUGUUGCUACUAGUUAUGAUGCUUUUGAUACGCCUUAUAUCUUAUCUAUAUUUUGUGUUCCUGAAUACUGUCCUCGGAAAGAGGGUUGGAUUGGGUUUAUUAAAGAGUUACUAGCCGUUAUAGAUACGGGUGUACUUCUCAUGGACUGGGAAGACUCACACAGUACCGUAGAAGAGAUUCAGAAGGAGAUUCAGAAGAAGAAUGGGUUGAGUAUGGGUGGUGGUAAUGGGUUGGGUAGUAGUGGUGGAAGCAGUAGAGGAAGUAGUAGUAGUAGAGGAAGUGAAGGAGGAGGAGGAGAAGGUCCUUGGUCUGGUCAUUUUGAUAUUGAGGAGUCUAUUAGAGCGGGAGAACUGGAUGGUUUAGCGGCUGGAGGUAAUCGAGUGAGUUUAUUCUUGCGGACUCGGAGUUUAUGUAAGGAGAUCUUUGCUACUUAUCCUUGUCCUAGUACAAUUGGUCUGAUUUGGUCUUUAUGUAAUAGUCCUGAUUUAGCUACUUUUAUGAUGUAUUACCGGAAAGUGAAGGCUAAGAAUGUUCCUUCUUUAUUAUCUUUAUUAAGUUCGUUACCUACUAGUAUGUGGGCUAAGUAUUUAUGUGGGUUCCCAUUGUAUAACAAGAAUAAUACAAGUGCGGCUGAGUUGGAGUCAAUUCAGGAAAUGUUUACUUUAUCUUUAGUAGAUACGUUAUGUAUGGGGAUUAAGAUGAUUUGUGAUAAUGCUGUGAAGAAGAAAGAGACGAUUGCUCAUUCGGAGUUGGCUAGUAAGAAAGCGACUGAUCGGGCUCGUUUUGGGGAUGCAAUUAAUAAGGCGAUGGAUAUUAAUGUGAGUAAAGCUGGGAAUUAUGAAGUGGAUGUAGGUCGGGCACCAGGAGGUGUUUGUAAGGCUUCAUGGAUAGAUCCUCGGAAGUUAAGUGAUGAGGAGGAGCAGGGGCAAGGGAUAGUUUAUGCGGGAGGUAAUUUAAGGUUUUAUGUUGAUUUAAGAUUGCGUGUAUGUUCUUGUAUGAAGUUUCAGGAGAUGAGUUAUCCUUGUUCGCAUGCUUGUGCCUUGAUAGCUAAGAUUGGGGGACAUCCUUAUGCUUAUAUUGAUGAGAUAUAUUCAGUGGAUACUUUAACACAGAUGUUUAAGCCGGCAAGUAUGCGGUGCAUUGUUAAUGAGCCAAUUCGGGGUACGGAAGAAAGACGGCGAGUAGCUGCUCCUUUGAAACGGGGUCUGGCCGGGUUUGAAGAGGAAGAGUUUUCGUGUCUGGAGUACAAAGAGAACAUGCCCAGAUAA